UGAUGUCAAUAAAAACAUUUUAAGAACAUUUUAAUUUUAAAGAAUUCAGUUUGACAGUAAUUCCGAUAUGACAGCAUAUUUUAUCUCAUGUAGGCCUAUUAACUAAUAAACCAGCAAAAUGCUACCAAUAGAGGGUGGCGAUGAGCAGAGGGUUUGUUUGCGGUAAAUCAGACUAAGCUCCUCCUUUUAAACCCACCAACAACUGCCCCUUGUUAUCUCUCUCUCUCUCUCUCUCUCUCUCUCUGCCUCUCAUCUCAGUGCAUAGACUUCAUACUAGUUAGUUCACCAUUAUUAGAACUAAGGAUAAACUAGUGAUGCAUAACUAAUGAUGAAAAAAGAAAGAAAAAAUUCAGCUCUCAAACGGGAGCCGACUCCCAUCGUUCACUCACAGAGCCGAGUCUGACUCGUUCGCGAACAACACAUCACUAGAACAGCUGCGUUCCAGUUUCUCCGUCUCUCUCUCUCUCUAUCUUUCUCUCUCAGACUGCGUUCACUUCCUUACUUUCACCCCUCCCUCUCGUGCUCUCUCCUCCUCUACAUCCUCAAUCUCUCAGCAGCAGCAGUUUGUGUCCUGAGAGAACUGGCACCAAACUGACGCAUCCAUGGGGCGCGCGCAGCAUCUCUAUUUCACCACAUUACAAUUUGAAGUCAUAUAAGGGGAAUAUUCACGUCAACGCGACAAACACACUUCAGUCGUUCGGCGUUUAAUCUUCAGGCUUAAAACUCUUAGUCGCACCAUUUCUGUCUGUAUUUGUCACAUUUGUAGCUGUGUCGAGCUAUGGUAAUGGAUGGGGAUGCGUGUGUUCGCGUGUGGACUCGACCGCUGCAAGUGAUGCUCCAGCAGAAGAAGAUCAAAGCGCGGAGGAAAAAGCGCAAGGAGUUGUUCGGGGGACAGAUGUGCUUCAUGGGGCUGCUGCUGCUGGCGGUGUCCGGCUUGUCCAGUUUGACCGAGAAUUCCGGUUAUGGCCUGUCCAGUCUCUCAGCUGAAGACAGUGAGAAGUGGGAGAGUCGCAGGCUGCUGCAGGAUUUUGACAUUGACAGCAACUACACAGAUGGGGUGCAGAUUGGGCCCAAUGCUGAAAAGAACUGCACACCGCCUGGUAUACAUGAGUUUCCUGAUGAUAUCUUCACCAACCAGGAGCGAAUGGAGGGGGCCGUAGCAUUACAUGUCCUGUGUGCCAUGUAUAUGUUUUACGCACUGGCACUGGUGUGUGAUGACUACUUUGUGCCCUCUCUGGAGAAGAUAUGUGAGCGCUUCCAACUAAGCGAGGAUGUAGCAGGAGCCACGUUCAUGGCAGCAGGAAGUUCAGCCCCUGAACUCUUCACCUCAGUCAUAGGUGUAUUUAUCACCAAAGGAGAUGUGGGAGUGGGCACAAUCGUAGGCUCUGCUGUCUUCAAUAUCCUCUGCAUCAUCGGAGUGUGUGGGAUCUUUACUGCACAGGCAGUACGGCUCUCGUGUUGGACGUUAAUGAGAGACUCUGUGUACUACACCAUCUCAGUGACCACUCUGAUCGUGUUCAUCUAUGAUGAGAAGGUGACAUGGUAUGAAUCGCUCACCCUAAUAGUGCUCUACCUAUUUUACAUUAUAUUAAUGAAAUUUAACUCGCGGGUGGUUCAUUACAUCGAACGGCGGAAAAAGAACUCAGCAAACCUAGGUAACGGCACAGCCAGUAACACAGACAUCGACGAUGGGUGCGACGCCACUGUCGUGCUGCUUAAGAAAGCAAAUUUCCACAGGAAGCCAUCAGUGCUGAUGGUGGACGAACUCUUGUCUGCAUACCCUCAUCAGCUGUCCUUCUCUGAGGCUGGAAUGAGAAUCAUGAUAACCAGCCACUUCUCCCCUCGCACACGCCUCACGAUGGCCUCCAGAAUGCUCAUUACAGAGAGGCAGCGUCUGAUAAACAGUCGGUUCAGUAACGGGGACUCAGAGGUGACCGUAAAAAUCCCAGGAAAGCGUGGGGUGGAGAAUGGGCUGGCAGGACCGGACCGAGGCCUGAAUGGGCGUAAGGGAGGUCACCAUGAUGACGACAGGGGAGGAGCUGAAGCUGGCACUGACACCGAAAACGAAAACGAGGACAAUGAAAACAAUGAGAAUGAUGAGGAGGAAGAGGAGGAAGAUGACAACGAAGGACCCUUUGUACCAUACCGCUGCCCCGGUGGGGGCUUUAAUAAGUUAAAGUGGCUGCUGGCCUGGCCACUGAGUCUGCUGCUGUUCUGCACCGUUCCCAACUGUGCCACCCCUCGUUGGGAGCGCUGGUAUAUGGUCUCGUUCAUCUCUUCCACUCUCUGGAUCGCUUUCUUCUCUUACAUCAUGGUGUGGAUGGUCACAGUGAUCGGUUACACUAUGGGCAUCCCUGAUGUCAUUAUGGGCAUCACUUUCUUGGCCGCUGGCACCAGCGUUCCUGACUGUUUGGCCAGUCUAAUUGUGGCACGGCAAGGAAUGGGUGACAUGGCUGUGUCCAACUCCAUUGGUAGUAAUGUGUUUGAUAUCCUGAUAGGGCUUGGUCUGCCCUGGACCCUCCAGACUUUGGCCAUCGACUACGGUUCCACAAUUCACCUAAACAGCAAAGGCCUGAUCUUCUCGGUUGGGCUGCUGCUGGCAUCUGUGUUUCUCACGGUUCUCGGCGUGCAUUUGAACAACUGGAAACUGGACAGGCGUUUGGGUUUCGUUUGUUUGCUGAUGUACGCCGUCUUCCUGUGUUUCUCCAUCCUCAUCGAGUUCAACGUAUUCACCUUCGUCAAUCUGCCCACCUGCCGCGAGGAAUGAGAAUCGUUCCUUUUCCUGGCCCUCCCUCUUUGACCUUGUAAAGGAUAACGGCACAAGUCCUUGAUCAGAGGUGGACCGGCUCUUGUUCUGAAGGAAUAUUUAUUUAUUGAUCUAGCCGAUCCUCUAUCAAUCCUCUCUUUUUCUUUCCAAUGGGUGCAAUAUUGAUAGAGUCUCUAGGUCUGUGGUGUUACAAGAGGAGAGAGAGAAUGAAGGAGCGGUUGUGUGUGAGGAUUGGUCCUGUUGACUGAUAUAUAGACUGUUCCGACGGGGACAGGAAUGUAGUAAGAGAUGACUACUGCCUGGUUUGAUGUGAAUACUUUGUUUUUUUCAAAAUAUUUUGCAUAUUUAAAGAAUAUGAUCUAAAUGUAUUUUAUGAUGGCAUUUAUUUUAUUAGCUGCUAAGUGAUGGAAAAAGAGACUGGACUUGUUAAUAUCGGUAAACCUAUAGAUUUAUGAGGGUUCUUUUUUUUGCUGAUAGGUACUGGUGACCUCCAGUAAAUACUUGUGAACAAUCCUCUUUUUAAUUUGGGCAUUACCAAGUCACUUUCAACCUUCAUAUGACAGAUUGAUCCGGAUACCAGGGUCAUCAGUGUCUACCUUUUCCCAAUGAGGAUAUGUUUACCGUGCAGAGAAGGUAAUAAAAGCGAAAGGUUUGAGAUCGCUUUUUUUUUUUUUUAGAGAGACAGCGGGCAUUUGUUUGCACCUGUGUGGAGACGCAUGUUGGAACGCUACAACCAACAUAUUUAUGUUUAGUGAGACGAUAUUCUUGUGUGAUAUAUGGGAUUUCUAUAGAUGUGUUUAUGAACAUUCUUUUGUCUCUAACACUCUGUAUAUACUGAAAACAGAGGAAGGUUUAUUUAUUAAUUUAUUGAGAACUAUUUAUGCACAUUGCUUUCCUAUGACGUACUGAAACGAAACCAACCCACAGCUGUCCCAAAGAAGAGGCCGUUCUGGACUUUCAGCCAGGCCACGCCGUUUUGUCCUUCAAAGCUUGUGUGUCAGCCUUUUCUUUUGGAUUCCUUCUCCUUCAUCUCUGAAUAUUAUGCACCCUUUUAGAUGCACCUUUGACGUGAUGCUUAAACAGUUUCUACUAUUUGAUAUUGGUGUAUCGUGACAUCAGAGGUAAUUGUAGAGAUUUUUUGAACACUCAAAACUUUGGCAGGCAAGUAAGGGAAUAUAUAUAUAUAUAUACAUAUAUUUUAUACUUAACUGUUUUGACAUUUAAGAUCGGCCCAUUCCCUGUUUAGAGUGAAUGGAGUGAGUGAGCCACAAACCUAAGAAGCUGAUUAGCAGGAACAUGUCCUGGUAAAAUGAAGCUAACGUCUAACCUUAAUAAGACUGUUUCAAAGUCAAAUCAUAGAUGUAAAUCAAUGAAAUUUGCUCUAGAAGAGGUCAAGUCAUUUAUCUCUUAGCAUGCUGCUCUAAUCUUAGAGUUUAUCAAGGAAUUUUUCAAGAAAUCCUCUCUGUAGAACAAGGAUCAGAAUUCAUUUCCAAGGAUGCAGUUAAUAAUAUGGAUUUUUCAGACGUUCUUUAUGGUAAUGUGUCCAGGACUCAUUUCUUGGCCUUCUUUUAGAAGGAUGGUUUAAAUACUUUGUUUUGUAUGCCUCUGUUUCUGGGGAUUGUAAAAAGACACCGCCACAAUGUAUCACAGCUGUAAACUUUUAACUGUGAAACAAGAUGUGGAUGCGUGGGCUUUUUGUCCUAACAGAGGUUUUUAGCAAACUGACAAAGUAGCGAUUCUAUGGAAUCUUUUAGUCUAGUUAGAAACUUCAUGCAGGUUUUCUAGUCUGAAGGCACAUUGCAGGGAAAUUUUGUGUUUUAUGCACUGGUUGAUACUGGGGGUGUAAUUGUCAUAUUCAAGAAUAGAAUUUAGAUGACUUAGAAACAUAUCUGGAAGAGUACUGCGGCAAAGUAUUUUUUAUCACAAACGCAACUUUGUAUUUUGUAACGCAAAAUGUUUAGAAAUGUUUUCUGCUGUUAAAAGUCUGUAGGAUGUGCUUCAAGUGAAUUCUUUAGCUCAAAAAACAAAUUUGUCAGCUUACUGUCAAAGUACUUUUAGCAUGUUUAAAAUCAAAGGUCACACUUUGUAGGUCAUUCUUUUAUCAAUGAUGUAAAAAAAAUAAACAAAAAAAGGAUACUUUUUCCCUAGGUUGGCAGAUUAGCGAAUAUGAACAUUUCGUUUUCUGUAUUACUCAUAAUAGGCAUUCAGGCCUGGUUUAUUUUCCAAAAAAUGCAACUGCAGGUCUAGGGUUUACGCAAUGUGAUAUUCCUGGUAAAUAUAAGCUAGGUGUAAUCCAAGUAGAGUGUACAAGCUGUGUUUGGAUGCUGAGGAUUGUUAGUUCACUAUUUUCUUCUUCGUAAAGCAGGGUAUUAUAAGGAAGAUGUCGGGAAGGCAGGGUUUAAUGAAAAGUUUUGUUCAUCAAAUGCAAUAAUGUUUAGAUUAAUUACUGUGUUUGUGUUUUUUCUUGUAAAUCCUAAACAUGACACAUCACAUUCUUAGAGUCAUAUAUAUGCUACUUACUUUCAGUAAGGUUUGACAGGUUUUCUGCACUCUAUAUGCUCAAUAUCAAGGAUAGUAAAAAGAGGCUUUGAGAUGCAAGUAAAUUAACUAUCACUGCAACUGUAAUGCUUCAAAAUCUAUGAGCACUGCUGCUUACAGGUUGUGGGACAUUAAUGCCUAUGUUUAUGGUUGCAAUACCAGCCAUAGCAAUCUACAGAUUCAAUGAUUAUUGUGUACUGAUCGAUGCUAUUUGGUCAUCAUCACUUCUGAAAAUCAAAGUGCUGCUGUUCGUUUGUACGCACAAAUAUAAUAAUAAUAAUGAUGAGGGCAUGCACAACCAAUUAGCCCACAAUUAGACAAGUUUCACUCAUAUUUCCUUUUCUUGUCUGCUGAUAUUUCUUCAUGGAUUCAGGCAUAUUUUAAUAAAAAAAAAAAAAAAUGUGACUUUUACAGGGUGAUUCAUUGCUGAUGUACAUAAUUAUACAUACAAGAAAAUGUCUUCAUAUUUUUUGUCUUUGCCUGUAUAUCUGUUGACUAUAUUUUCAUAGAUACUGUACAAUGUUUGGGUCCUUUAUUUGUUUAUUUUAUUUUUUUGUUGUUGUGUUGAGGGUUUGAUUAAACGCCCUUGGUUUGCUAAAUUGCAUGGGAUAUUUUAAUAUAAGGAAUUAUUUAUGUUCAUUACUAUUACACAUGUUGAGCACUGGAUGGACAGCAGUGGAAUUAGACCUCUUAGAUUAUUGCAUGUUUUCUUUUUUUUUUAUGAUUUCCAAUGGAAAACUGCUGGGGUUUUGAUUCUCCAAUGAAAGCAUAGAUAUUUCAUUCAGAGUAACUUGUGUCUUCUGCAUUUCAGGAAUCAUAAAAAGAAUGGUGGUUGGCUUUAUGUACUAAACUAUUUUGUUCAGGUGUUUCAGUUGUAUAUCAGAGUAGCCUACAUUUUUGCUACUUGACCAUAAUUAAAAUUAUCUUUGCUGAGGUAAACAAUAUUGUUCGCUAAUUGUCAUUUCAGCCAUAAAGGCAGGCAUGUUGCUUUCACUGUAUAAGGGCAUCUAAUAAAUGCAUUUCCAAAACAUCAA